AACAAAAAAACAAACAAACACCAAAAAAAAAAAAAAAAAAAAAACACCAAAAAAACACCAUUAUCACUCUGAGAAUUGAAAAAUCAGUUUGGAUGUCUUAUCAAGAAUGACUCUUUCCAGCCCUACAUUAGAGUGAUAUUGACAUUUAUCUUUUCAUUAAAUACUGAGAAAUGUUUGCUUUCAGCUAAAAACACAUUCUUUAUAUCAAUUUUUAAAGUCAGAAAAAAAAAAUGCCAUGAAAACUGUUUCAAAAGGGUCUAACACGUUUUGUGACAUCAUUCCAGGAAACCAGUUGCACACAUAUCACUUGCCUUGAGUUUGCAUGUGUGUGAUUUUAUUCUGAGCUCACAACUGCAUGUCAGAGCCAAUCAAGUUCUUGGUGGUGCAAAUUAGGCACCUCAGUUAACAAGAUUUCAUGGCCUGGUUUGAUGGAUUGGCGAUUCAAAAAAUUAACCCAGCUGCCUCAAUGGAGUUGCUCAGUAACUGUGGAUUCAUUGUCAGUGGACUAUAAUUGGUCAGAGUUUCCCCUUGGUGAGCCAGUUAACCACUUUGCGGUAAGAUUCACGCAAGACAAUGUAUCUGUGAUGCUGCCAGUAGAAGAGCACGACAGAUCAUACCACAUUGACAAGGGGCUCUUGCCAUACCGUGAUUAUGUCAUGGAUGUCAUUGCAUUUACAGAGGACAAAAUCUACUCCAGUGAAAGUACUUCUGUCAAGACACCUGAAGGAGCUCCAGGAAAGGCACCUCCUAAUGUACAUAUGCAAAGCUUGAAGGACAACAGCAUCUUGGUCAUGUGGGAUCCACUUCCCGAAAAAUAUGUAAACGGCAAGCUACAGGGUUACCUGAUCUUCACGAGACUGUACAAACAUGAGUAUGAGUGGCAUGAUGACGGGGAAUUAGGACAAAUCCUUAACGUCAGUCUGUCAGAGACCCAUGUUGUCCUUAGUGGCUUAGAUGGAGGUCGGAGGUACCAGAUUUCGGUUGCAGCUUUCACUGUAGAUGUUGGGCCUUGGUCAGAAUGGGAAACAGUCAUGGUUGGUUGUGGUGGCAGUUUUUAUGGAUUUUUCGGAGCAUUCAACCUUACUCAGUGGGACUGGGAAGCCUGGCUAGACUGCUCCUGGACAAUAAGCAAUGCUGGCCUUAGCAAUGCAGUUCUUCUUAUCUCUGCACACGAAGUGGAACUACGAUCUUGCGAGGGCUGGGUGAGAGUUUUUACCAGUGAAGGCAAAGAGGUCUUACAUUAUGGAGGCUGUGAUCCUCAUGAGCACGUGUACGGUGAGGUGGUAGAGGUGUCUUUUGAAGGAUCAAGCCAUUUGACCAUUGUACUUCAUACGGAACAUGAAGGGAGCCAUGUGAGAUCAGAAUUUUGUGUCUUGGAAGAAGGGAAAAGUCUUAGUUCAGCUCAACCUUCUGCUACUCUUUGGAAUGUGAUGGCGAACAGCACAGACGAUGGUGACAUUCUUGUAGACUUGACGAGUGAUCCCGAUGGUCAAGAUGCCUCUUUCUAUAUGAUAGCUCUGAAUAAAACGGGAGGAAGCCAAUAUGAGUAUGGAGAUGACGACGACAAGCCACCAAGAUAUCUACACAUGGCUAAUUCGUCCGAGGGUGUGGCUGAGGUGCCAGGCCUCCCUGUUUAUAGCGAGUUCGACGCUGUUGUAUACCGCGUAGUCAAUAGUCAUGAUAUUUACAGCAGUGAACUAUUCUCUGUUCAGACCGCCGAGGGCGUUCCCAGUGAAGGCCCCGGACAUGUUGAAUACAAGAUCGUUUCACCAGACAGUGUGUAUAUUGAGUGGUCGGAAAUAUCCCAGGAACAUCACAAUGGUAUACUUCUCGGCUUUUAUAUUACCUACCGUGCCCAGUGCUCUGACGGUGAAGGAUCGUCCACACAUGCUGGUUUAUUCGAUAGGAGUUACACCAUCACCGGCCUUCAGCCCGGAACCAGGUAUGACAUUUGGAUUGCCGGAUUUACAUCAAGAGGAGUUGGAGAAGAUAGGCACAUGGACGUUGCCAUGCCUUGUGGAGGACCUCGCACGUUGACGGAAGUAAACGGAACAAUAUACGCGCCUAAUUACCCUUGCCGUUACAGAGGACCUCAAUACUGUCGCUGGUCUAUUGAGCCGAGUGGCCCCACCACAGCAAUAAUGAUGUCAUUUGAAAAUUUUCGUUUGGAUCGUGAUCAUGAUAGUUAUUGCAGCACGAACGACUGGCUUGGCAUUGCAACAGGGAAGUACAAUAAUGACACUCUUCUUUGCGGCCACGACAUGGACCGAUUCACACUACUUAUAUCAGGUAGCCAUGUUGAGCUAGCGUUUUUCGCAAGGGAGCAUAGAGAAGGAGACGCCUUUGUCGCAUCUUAUUAUGGUCUGGAAGCCGGUGUACACGAAAUUGAAGUGCCAUCGUGGACUUUGUCAGUCAGCAACAUAGAAUCGACAAAGGCUGAGGCAUCAUGGGAAGAGUUUCCACAAAACGCUAUGCCUGCACACAUUGAACAAAUGUUUCUGAAGAUCUCAGAGGCAAAUAAAAACAUCUCCCUGUUACUGCCAGUUUCCGAAUGGGACAGAUCUCGGCAUAUAGACAACCUUUACCCGGAUCGAAAAUACCUGUUACAAGUUGUGGCAUUCACAGGGCCAGGCAUUGAACAUGACAUAUAUUCGAGCGAUAGUGUCUCCAUGAAGACGAAUGAAGGAGCUCCCAGUAUGGCACCGCCGAACGUACGCGUCGAUAACUAUCAUCAAAACAGUAUUAUAGUGCGAUUUGAGGCACUUCCUGAGAGUCAACAUGGCGGUGAUCUGCAAGGAUAUAACGUGUAUUACAAACGUGAGGAGGACCGGCAUGAUCACAACUACCAGGGAGAGAAAGUCACCAUCGGUCCGUCAGAAACACAGGCUGUUAUACACGGAUUAGAAAUAAUGGAAGAGUACUAUGUUUGGGUUUCUGCAUUUAACAGCGAGGAGGGACCACUCUCUUACCCACAAUCAAUUGUAGUUGGUUGUGGUGGCAUGUUCAAUCAAACAGCUGCACUGAUAACAAUUUCCAAAUCAGACUGGGAUACGAGGCAUUGCGUCUGGAAAAUACACGAUAAUGGCUUGGAAAAUGCUGUCUUGUUGAUGUCAGUACACGUCCUGCAUUAUGAAUCUUGCGGCUACGAAUACGCAAAAGUUUACUCAGAAGAAAAUGACUUCUUAAGUUAUCAAGACUGCUCAGAAGUUAGAGGUGAAGUAUUCGAAUUGCCUUUUGGAAAUUCAAGGGUUAUUAUCUCCGAGAUUCUCAUACAGAAUAGCAACAGCUACAUGGAAACUGAAUUGAUUGUUUUGAACGGAGGACUUCAUUCAGGUAGGAAAAAUUCAGCUGCGUUGUAAACGGUAAAAACAAUGUGUGUGGUGUAUGUGGUGUUCUAUAAACGUCCUGUGUGUAAUUUUCAAUGUCUUCCUAAACCUCUUGAACAUCAUAGUUUCGUUUUUCGUGGAAACUGCCUUCAUCUUUGCUGCUUCGAGAACUCGAAGGGAAGUCUUGGUCAUGAAAUUAGCUAGUUCUCACUGACACCAACAUGCAUAAUAACUACUGUAUUGUAAUAAAGUUGCCAAAGAACGUUGGCAACAGAAACACUUUCCACUUGUAAACGCCCUCCUCACAUGCUGCUUAGCUGAAACAACAUUGUUACAAGUGCUCAUUUUUUAAGGGAUUGUGUCUUUUUUUUUUAA